AUGUCCAUCAAGCUACUAAAAUCUCUGAAACUACAUAAGGAUAAGCUAUGGUCUGUUGACUGUUCUAAAGGACUCAUGGCCACUGCCUCCUCAGAUCGUAAAAUAAAGCUAGUGAAUCUGAAGAACCUAGAUUUUCAGCUGGUGGAAGAGCUCGACGACAGCACUCACAAAAAGUCAGUGAGGUCAGUUUCAUUUAGGCCGCACUCUUCGAUCCUUGCAGCAGGCUCUUUUGAUUCGACAAUUUCGAUCUGGGGGAAAGAUGAAGAGGCUUCUAUUGAGGACGGUUAUCAGGAAACAGAGCUGCUUGCCAUCAUCGAGGGACAUGAAAACGAAGUGAAAGGGGUUGCUUGGUCACAUUCAGGAUAUUUUCUGGCCAGUUGUUCUAGAGAUAAAAGUGUCUGGAUAUGGGAAGCAGACGAGAUGGGUGAAGAAUACGAAUGCCUGAGCGUGCUCCAAGAGCACUCGCAGGAUGUCAAGCAUGUUGUUUGGCAUCCAGCAAUGCAUCUUCUGGCUUCUAGCUCUUAUGACGAUACCGUGAGAUUAUGGAAGGAAGACGCCGAUGAUUGGGAAUGUGCGGCUGUGCUAAAUGGGCAUGAAGGCACAGUUUGGUGCUCUGAUUUUGAAAAAUCAGAGUCUUCUCUGAGGCUUGUCAGCUGCAGCGAUGACACCACAGUUCGUGUGUGGAAGUACGAGGAAGAAGACGAGAAUGGGGAAGAUAUAUGGACCCUUGAAUCCGUGUUGCCUUCAGUACAUUCUCGAGCAGUAUACGCAGUCAGCUGGAGCCCCGAUGGCUACAUUGCUAGCGUGGGAUCUGACGGCCAAAUCGUAAUUUACACAGAGGACGAAAGUGGAAAAUGGAAAGUAAUAGCUAAACAACACGAAGCCCAUAGUGUCUUCGAAAUAAAUACCGUCCAGUGGACAAGAGUCGGUGACACGAACCUCCUUAUAACUGGAGGGGAUGACGGUUGCGCCAAUAUCUGGUUCUUUAUCCCUUAG